CAUUGCCCUCCUCCGUUGCUAAUGUUUUGCUGCUAUGCUUCCUCAUAUUUGAAAUCAUGCUCCCCAAAUGCACGUGCAGUAUAAGAUUGCACUGUAAUGAAAAAGACCAUCACCUUCUCUUAAACUUCAAACACACUUUGGUUGAUCCAUCAUCCAUCCUCUCUAGUUGGUCUGAUGAGCGAGAUUGUUGUGAAUGGACUGGAGUCAUGUGUGACAAUACCACUGGCAGAGUCAUUGAGCUCAGUCUUCCUUAUUCUACAGAAGUCUCAGCUCAUAUUUGUGCAUAUGAGAACACACCAGGCUAUCUCACCGGUGAACUCGACCUAAUUUCUUUGCUUCAACUUGAGUGUCUAAUUUACUUGGACUUGUCCUAUCAUGACUUUAAAGAUAUUGUCCAAAAUGAUUAUGUUGUUAUCUCAAAUAGCAAUAACCAAUCUACAGUCCAACCUCCUCAUCCAUGUCAAAACUUCUCCAGUCUUCAUCAUCUUGAUUUAUCGGCCAAUGAGGAUCUUCACAUCGAUAGUCUUAAUUGGCUCUCUCAUGUUCCCUCCUUGAAAUAUCUUGACCUCAGUUUCAUUAAUCUUCGAGGGACAGAUGCCUGGGUUCAAAUAUCAACUUUGCUUGUUUCUCUUACAGAGUUACACUUGGAUGAUUGUCAGCUUAGAGACAUCAAUCCAUCUCUCAAGUAUGUAAACUUUACUUCAAUUGAAGUUGUUACACUUUCUCAGAAUGGUCUCACCUCUGAUUUCUUUCCUGGUUGGUUGUUCAAUCUUAGUGAUGUCACUACUAUCGACCUCAGGUCUAAUCAUUUUCAAAGCCAACUUCCAAAGAAGUUAUUAAAACUUCGAAAACUAGAAGAAUUGUAUUUGGAAAACAAUGAAAUGAUUGGACCAAUUCCUGAUUGGUUAGGCCAGUUCGAACAUCUACAAUCUCUUUCUGUAUUUGGAAAUUUAUUUUCUGGUCCUAUUCCUUUAACUUUAGGAAAUCUGUCAUCGUUGAAGGUGUUGCAUUUGGCUGAUAAUCACCUGAUGGGGAAUGUGUCUGAAAGAAAUUUUGUCAAGCUCUCAAAUCUAAAAUUCCUCUCAAUAGGAGCACUAGAUUUAAGCUUUGACUUCAAUUCUAUGUGGAUUCCUCCUUUUCAGCUUCGAACUAUAUAUUUGGUUCACAUGGUAGUCCCUAAACUCCCUCUAUGGAUAUACACGCAAACUUCUCUUGAGAGAUUUAUAAUUACCAGAUCAAAAUUUUCAUUUGAUUUUCAAGACAACUUUUGGCACUUUAUAGCUCCUAUCCCCUACUUACAUUUGCAAGAUAACAUUAUUAUUAAUGGGGACAUAUCCAAUGUGUUGCUAAACUCUACAAUCAUAAAUUUGAUUUCAAAUAACUUAAAAGGUGGGGUCCCUCAAUUAUCACCAAAUGUUGUUGUAUUCAAUGUGGGCUACAACUCUCUACAAGGAUCUAUUUCUCCAUUAUUGUGCAAGAAAAUGAAUGGAAGAACCCAGUUAAAGUUUUUGGACAUGUCAAAUAAUCUUUUGUCUGGAGGACUUACAAAUUGUUGGUUGAACUGGAAAUCAUUGGUUGUUUUUAAGCUAGGCAACAAUAGUCUAGCAGGCACAAUCCCUCCAUCAAUGGGUUUCUUGUCUGAUCUAAAGUCUUUGCAUCUCAAUAAUAAUAACUUGUUUGGGCAGAUACCUUUGUCACUGGAAAAUUGCCACAACCUACAAAUCUUCGAUGUGGGAGGAAAUAACCUUUCAGGAAACAUACCAAAUUGGAUAGGGUACAAUACAAAAGUUCUGCAAUUAAGAUCCAAUCAAUUUAGUGGAAAUAUCCCAUUGGAAAUAUGCCAAUUGACCUCCCUCAUAAUAUUAGAUUUGGCGGAUAACAAAAUCUCAGGUUCAAUACCUAUUUGCCUAUUUAAUCUGAAAGCCAUGACAAUGGAUCCCCCUUCACAUGAUCAGCUUGCCAUCUUUUGCAUUAGAACUCCUUAUAUGACUUACAUAAUGGGUGGUGACAAUCUUAUGUUGCAUGCAAAAGGCCAAGAAUUAAGCUAUGGGGAAAGCAUGCAUUUGCUCCGUUUUAUUGAUCUAUCAAGUAAUGUAAUGUUUGGAACAAUACCUCCAGAAAUAUUUACCCUCAUUAAAGUGCAACAUUUGAACUUGUCCCACAAUGAAUUUGAUGGAAACAUAUCAAAAGAGAUCGGCAACAUGAAAAACCUGGAGGCUCUUGAUCUCUCAAGAAAUCAACUUUCAGGUGAAAUUCCUUCCAGUAUGGGUGAAUUGUCUUUUUUGGGAACCUUGAACCUCUCCUUCAACAAUUUCAUCGGAAAAAUCCCAUCAGGAACUCAACUUCGAGGGUUUGAUGUCCAAAGCUAUAUUGGGAAUCCGAAUCUGUGUGGAGCUCCGCUUCCGAACAAUUGCACAGACAAUGAAGAUUUGAAACCCACUGAAAAAAAUGGCAGUGAAGAAGAUGAAUUUUUGACUUCCUUCUACAUUGGGUCAGGAGUUGGAUUUGCUCUUGCCUUUUGGAUAGUAUGUGGUGCCAUUUUUUUCAAUAAAAGUGUCAGACAUUCUUACUUCAGAUUCUUGUAUGGCAUCAGAGACAAACUUUAUGUCAUGAUGGCCAUCACGUUGAAUCGUUUCAAUUGAAAACCUCGGACAAAUUAAGGUUCUUGUUGUCUUUCUGAACGAACUUUGCAAGAGAUGACUAAGUGGGCUAAUUGAAGAUAAUCAAGGUGUUACCAGUGAAAUCUGACUAGUCUUUACUUUGUCAAGUUGAUUUGAAGCUUGUGACCUAUUUACAAUUGUGUGGAUGGACUCUUGAGCAUAUUUCAAAUGUACUUUAAUUUGAGUUUGGGCAUAUAAUAUUAUUCAAACAAUGUUGCAUUAUGAUAUGAUCUGCAAAUGGAU